AUGGAAAACACAGAAGAUCGAGAAGUAAGUGAGGACGAACAGGGUUUUACUGUGUUAUUGUUGACGCUCUUUAGCGGCGACGGGGCACUCUUUAGUGGCGACACACCGGAGGGAAAAGAACAUGGGGUUUCCUACGUCCUCCUAGUCGUUGGAUCAUCACUUAAAUCGACGAAUAGAUUGAAAAGACUUUUGAUCUAUAAUCGAAGCUGUGGUUUGUUUUACUAUAAUGUUUUCAAGGCUUGGUCGUUCAAUCUCUCGAUUGUCUCGCUCAAGGAAUGUUUUGAGGGUUGGAAAUGGCGGAAGAUCACUGCAGGUUCCCUAGCAGCUAACAAUCAAAGAAAUGGUUCUGGGUUAGGGUUAUCAUCGAAGCUGUAUACAUCGGAUAUGAACUGCAUUCUUCCAAACCCAAGAAUUCGAAGGUUUUCUCCAAUCCGAAUAAGAAGGAAUCAAGUAAAUAACAGAAAAGAGGUUGACAAGUUCUUGGUUAUAUGUCAAGUUCUUGGGGAAGAAAAGGAUAGAGGAGAAAGGAAUAUGGAUUUCGAGGCUGAAGAACAAAGGGAAGGAUACUAAUUGUACUUGGGGGCAGUUUGGGUAUUUCAAUAUUACUGAUAUAUAAAUAGACUUAAAAUUUUGUUUGUAAUUGGGAAAUCAAAACAUUAUUAAUCAUUUUGUAGGAC